CCCUCUCCGUGUCCCCCCGCGGUUUCUUCCCUUCGCCUUCCCGCUCCUGCGCACCACCUCUCGGCCCGCAUCUGCCCCUCCGUCCCCCCUGCGCUCACAUUCACGGAGAGAAAUGUCGGAGUAUAACGCGGUGCCGCCGCCCGGAGCCCCGGGGGCAGGAGCUCUGGGAGCCGGCGCGAUCAAGAAGGACGCCUUCGCGGACGCGGUGCAGCGCGCUCGCCAGAUCGCAGCCAAGAUCGGUGGAGAUGUUGUGCCCCCCCCUAUGAGCAAUAACGGUGGUAGCGAGAGCUACCCAUUCGCAGCACAAAAACGAUCCUUGGAGGAUGGAGAUCAGCCAGACAGUAAGAGGAUGGCCUCUCAGAGUGACAGGGAUAACGCUACAGCGCUGUCUAUCGGGGCUCAGCUGGCUGCCCUGUCUCAGCAGAGUGGACGUCCCUCCUCAGUAACGGAGGAGUACAGAGUGCCUGAUGGAAUGGUCGGACUCAUCAUUGGUCGAGGAGGAGAGCAGAUCAAUAAGAUCCAGCAGGAGUCUGGCUGUAAAGUUCAGAUUGCUCCCGACAGUGGAGGUUUACCUGAGAGAAGUGUGUCUCUAACUGGGUCUCACGACGCCAUUCAGAAGGCCAAGAUGCUGUUAGAUGACAUCGUUUCGCGGGGGCGGGGCACUCCACCCUCGUCUUUCCACGAGACCAACGGCAGCGGCCACAUGCAGGAGAUGAUGAUUCCAGCGGGAAAAGCCGGCCUCGUCAUCGGCAAAGGAGGAGAAACCAUUAAACAGCUUCAGGAGCGAGCUGGAGUGAAGAUGAUCCUGAUUCAGGAUGCGUCUCAGGGACCCAACAUGGACAAGCCCCUUCGCAUCAUUGGAGAACCCUACAAAGUGCAGCAAGCUCGGGAGAUGGUGCAGGAGAUCCUGAGGGAAAGGGAUCAUCCUGGGUUCGGAGAGAGAAACGACUACGGCUCUCGUAUGGGCGGCGGCGGAGGAGGAGGAGGAGGAGGAAUAGAGGUGUGUGUACCUGUUCCCCGUCACUCUGUGGGCGUCGUGAUUGGCCGAAACGGAGAGAUGAUCAAAAAGAUUCAGAAUGAUGCUGGAGUCAGAAUACAGUUCAAACCAGACGAUGGAAACGGACCUGAUAAGAUCGCUCACAUCAUGGGUCCUCCUGACCGCUGCGAGCACGCCGCCAGCAUCAUCAACGACCUGCUACAGAGCAUCCGCGUCCGAGAGGAGGGAGGAGGGGGACCCCCUGGUCCUCCUGGCACAGGCAUGCCUCCAGGUGGGCGUGGUCGAGGGCGUGGCCCAGGUAACUGGGGUCCUCCAGGCGGCGAGAUGACCUUUUCUAUCCCCGCUCACAAAUGUGGCCUCGUGAUUGGUCGGGGAGGUGAGAACGUGAAGGCGAUUAACCAGCAGACGGGAGCGUUCGUGGAGAUCUCGCGCCAACCGCCACCCAACGGAGACCCCAACUUCAAACUGUUCACCAUCCGGGGGUCACCGCAACAGAUAGACCACGCCAAGCAGCUCAUCGAGGACAAGAUUGAGGGUCCUCUGUGUCCUGUAGGUCCCGGUCCUGGUGGUCCUGGUCCAGCUGGUCCAAUGGGACCCUACAACCCAAAUCCAUAUCAGCCGGGACCCCCAGGAGCCCCUCCACAUGGUGGUCCUCCAGGUGCACAUCAGUACCCUCCUCAGGGCUGGGGGAACACCUAUCAGCAGUGGCAGCCGCCCGCGCCCCAUGACCCCAGUAAGGCAGCAGCAGAUCACAGUGCGGCCUGGGCAGCGUACUACGCGCAGUACUACCAGCAGCCUGCGGGCGGCGCCAUGCCCGGCCAGACGCCCAGCGGACAGCCGGCCGCCCCGGCCCCCGCCGACCAGAGCCAAGCAGCCCAGGGUGCGGGUCAGCCCGACUACACCAAAGCCUGGGAGGAGUACUACAAGAAGAUGGCUCAACAGGGCGGUGGCGCUGCUCCAGCAGCAGGGGGCGCUCCGGCGGCGGCGGGAGCUGCAGGAGGACAGACUGAUUAUAGCGCCGCCUGGGCGGAGUAUUACAGACAACACGCUGCUUAUUACGGCCAAACCCCACAGACACCCGGCCAGCCUACAGCUGCUCCACAGGGCCAGCAGGCACAGUGAAGCUCUGAACUCUGACAGCCCCUCGGCUCACUGGUCCUCCCACUCGAUCACUCGUCCUCCAUGAUUUCCACUGCAGCCCACCGGCUCUUCCCUUUUUUUUAUUUUCACCUUUUUUCCCUCCCUGCCCUUCCUCCUUUUUCUUUUUUUUGUAUCUCGUCGUCUUUGUCUUGUUCCAGGUGACACAAAUGAACAAACGGAAGCCUUUCUUAACCCGCUCCUCCUCUUCCUCACCUCGUCGUUUUCGUCUUUUUUUUUUGUUU